AUGGGCGACACCGCAGACGACAACGCCACCGUCACGGACGCAUCGCCCGCGAGCUACGACAGCCUCCUGCGGGAUCCGCGGUUUCGGCGUACGUUUACGCUGCCGGCAGACGCUGCAAAGGGCCGUCCGGAGGAGCUCCAGGUCACCUACGCGGACUACGGGUAUCGCAAUGAGCAGGAGGGUCCCGAUGAUGAGAAUGUCCUUUUAUUCUUCGCGCCUCUGUUGGGCUCGCGUAUGUGGCAUGUCGCCAAGGAUGCCUUGGCCAAGCGGCACAAGGUCCGCAUCAUCAACGUGGACAGACCCGGCGUGGGAGGCACGGGUGAGGUUCCCGCGGAGCGCCGGGUGGCUGUCUGGCGAGAUGUCAUCAUGGGCCUGCUCGCGCAUCUGGGCAUCCGACACGUCUCGCUGGGCUGCCAGAGCGGCGGGACCGUCCACGCACUAGACCUGCUGCUACACCAUCCCGAAGUCCUCCACCCGACGCGACCCUACCUGGCCAUCGGCGCACCUUGGAUCCUCCCUGCCCACUCUGGGGUCAUGACCAUGACCAUCACCCAGGCUCUCCCGGAGGUCCUCCUCGCCCAGACCGGUAGAAUGGCAACAGUCGUCAACAAAGUGGCACCCAUCGUCUCGGCAUCGUUCGGAUUCAGCCAGGCCGUUCUCAGCCUCGGCAGAGGAAAUCAGCCCUCUGAGACGGAUCUCGAUGAAGAUGCCAAGUUUGAGGAGAAAUUAGGCCCAAUACUGAGCAACUUUGUCAUGACGCAAGGCGUGGAUGGCAUGGCGCAGGAGGCCAUCCUGCUGAUGCAGCGAGCACCCGACAACGCCGGCUGGGGCGACUGGAAGGACUAUGAUGAUCUAGCCCCGCGACUGAGUGAGGCGCUCUCAGCGGCCGGGAGACAACUCGAGCUCGACGUCUAUUUCGCCGAAAAGGACGGCAUGGUCGGGGACGCGGGGUCCAAGGGUCCACAGUGGUUCGAAGAGUGCUGGAAGCGCGAGCAAGGCAAAGGCGUCAUCCGGUAUGCCAGUAGCGUGGUUGCUGGAGCAGAGCAUGACACGAUAUGGAACUUGCGAUGCGGUGCCAUGCAGAAGGUGUUUGCACGGAUAGGUAACAGUAUAGGGUCCGAGAGCGGGCGGGCAUGUCGGGAGGGGGAUGCAGACCUGGCUCUGUAG